UUCUAGUUCGUAGCUCGGGAAGAUUCUCAUUCCGAUUCCGAUCAGUACUAUUUCUUCAGUAUGUCAAAAUGGUGCGUACGUUAGAAAAAUCCGAUUCUCCUGGAUUUUCAAUGAAUGAUAAGGAAGAACAAGAUGAAAAGGAUGAUAAUCUAUGGACAUCAAUUCUUAGUGAAGUUCAAACAAGAGGUAGCACCAAAUUGCCAUCAUGUAAAUCGGUACUUGUAUUGGGUGACAACGAAUCUGGUAAAACAACAUUGAUCGCAAAGCUCCAAGGUGUUGAGGAUCCAAAAAAAGGAUCUGGCUUAGAAUAUGCGUACAUUGAUGUUCGAGACGAAUAUCGAGAAGAUCAUACGCGACUGAGUGUGUGGGUGUUGGACGGUGAGCCUUCACACGCGCACCUGCUGAGGUUCGCUUUGACACCCGCCUCAUUCCCGCACACCCUCGUCAUGUUCGUCGUCGCCAUGACGACGCCCUGGAGCCUCCUUGAACAGUUGGAGAAUUGGGCCACAGUCCUACAUGAUCACAUCGAUCGGCUCAAAAUCCCACCUGACCAGCUGCAGGAGUACAGACAGAAAUGUACGAGAAGAUGGCAGGAGUAUGUGGACCAGGGUGAAGAUCUAGAUUUGGAUUCUCCUCUAAGGAGAACUUCGAGGAAUUUGGAUGGAGAUGAUGGUGUGGAUGGCGAUGUUUUCCCCCUAGGAGAGGGAGUGCUCACGAGGAAUUUGGGCCUAGAUAUAGUUGUAGUAGUAACUAAGACGGAUUACAUGUCAACAUUAGAAAAGGAAUCCGACUAUAGGGACGAAUAUUUCGAUUUCAUCCAGCAAUGGAUACGAAGGUUUUGUUUGCAAUAUGGAGCUGGCUUAUUCUACACAUCAGCCAAAGAAGAUAAAAAUUGUGAUUUGCUCUACAAAUAUCUGACUCAUAGAAUUUAUAGUUUUCCUUUUCGAACUCCUGCACUUGUCGUCGAGAAAGAUGCUGUGCUCAUACCAUCUGGAUGGGAUAGUAUGAAGAAAAUUAGUAUAUUGUUUGAAAACAUGCAAAGUAUGAAGCCAGAUGAUUACUACAGAGAUGUAAUAGCUCCACCAGUAACAAGAAAGACUGUUACGCGGGAAAGUGAAAUACAAGCGGAAGAGGAGCAGUCGUUUCUGUCGAAGCAGCAGGCUCUGCUGCAGCAGGGAGCGCCGCCAAUGAGCCGCCAGGAGUCGCCGAUGCGAUCGCCGGCCGGCGUGCAGAAGACGGGCGACCGCCGCAUGCAGGGAUCACCCUCGAUGGAUCCGACGAAGCCGGGAGCAGCCGGCAGUGGCGAGGGUGUUUUGGCGAAUUUCUUCAACUCUUUGUUGCAUAAAAAGACUGGCGCGGCUGGAAGCCCAUCAUCGUUAAAAUCUCCAAAUGACUUGUCGACAAGUCCAGCUGCACACUCGCCGGUGGACAAGGCGGCGAUGCGAUCGGACGCCGCAGCCGAACUGGACAGGCUCACCCGCAAGAAGCCCCCUCCGCCUCCCCAAACCCCCCUUAUAACGCUCAACAACUCGAGCAGCUCGUCUCCCCCCCACACACCCCCCGACCACCUCAACAACUCUUCCGAAUGCUAGAACCCGCUCCGGCCCAGACUCUUCAACUAUUCAUUUUCUAAUCCUGUUAUAUGCACGAAUCUAUUAUCAUUUAUCAAUAUAACAUUCAUCAAUUCGAUACUAUGUUGCGUAACUCACUUACUUGAAUAAUAAUUAUUGAUAAUAAUUGAAACUAUGGAUCAACAUAGAUGAAAUUAUUAUUAGUGUGUAUUGUUUUGUAUACACAAGUACGUGUCUUAAAUAAUAGAAAAUGAAACAAAUAUUUUUACUAAAAAAAGAGUUAUGUGCGGUAUAUAGUGUAAUGAAAUAUUUAUUAACAAUUAUUUGAAUAAAUUAUUAAUAUCAUGUAUCAUAAAAAUAUGCAGUACUUGGAAAACGUUAUAUUAGGCUACUGGCAUCGCGUAAAGUGAUGUUUUUAUAUUAUGUAAAUAUUUAAUAAGCAAAGUGUUUUUAUUUAAUCAAAAUUAAUUUAUAUUCCAAGCGAAUUGUUAAUUUCUCAAGUUGCUUAAUAUUUUAAGCUUUAAUCCAUGUGUAAUCCACAGUAAGUUAUGCUUAACAACUUGUGUAAAAUAGGCUGCAUUUACUCAUUAUAGAUUUAUAGCACUUUAUUUCAAAUUUGUUUCCAAUCCCAAUCCUCUUGUGAUAUGAUAGAUUGCCUUGUGCAUAUUAUAAAAUUAUGUGAAUAAUUAGCAUCCUGGCGUUAUUCUUUGCUUAAUUCGGAUUCAUCUUCCCUAGGUUGUAAAUUUCAAAUUAGAUAUUUUAAAUUAAAAUGUUGGUUCUAAUUUUUUUCAUUGAGUUUUAUUAUAUCCCAUAACAAAAUUAUUCCGAUCAUUAACUCUAGGUUUAAUUUCAAACCCAUACUCUACUUUUUCUCGUAGUUCUAUUCCUUUCUGAUAUGAAAUCAACGAAAGUUCGAUUAUAGUGCAUUAAUACCCGUUUCUCUUUAGAAACUAUUGAACGUGUGGAACUAUUUGAAUUUUCAAGCUCCGCUGUAGCAUGUUUGAAUUCCUUAUUUUUGUCCUCAUCUCUCCAUCUUUUUUUACACAUUUUGUACAAUAUCCCGAACUGAAUUUUUUUUACUGUAGGUCGCACAUCAAUUGUCUGUGUUAUGUAAAGUAUCAAUUGUCUAUAAAAAAUCCACAGAAUUCGAUUCUUAUCACUAAUCACUAAGCUACGUAAUCAAUAGCCUAAUAGUAUACUUACUGAAUAAAAAUAUUCAUUUUUUGUGUUCACAAUGGUGUGAAUUUGAAAGAGAAAAGAAAAUACAUUUCUGAACUCGACAUCCAACAGACCCCUGUAUAUUGAGUUUUAAUCCAUACUGUUAUUGGAAAGAGGAUAAGGAGGCAAUAUAUCCACUUGAAAAAUUGUUCUUAACCAGAAACCUAAUGAACAAUUCUAGAUUUUUGAAAUCGCAUAUUUCUCAACAAUUUUUAUUAUGUAAAGGAUAAAAACAAUAUGUGAUUUAGAAUUUAUAAUUUUCCAUGUGCAAUGUACUUUCUGUUGAUAGAAUUGAGACAAACGAGUGCGAAACAAAGAUUCGAAUGAGUGCAAAGUUUCAGUGUAUAUAAUUGACACUGUUCCGAUAGCGACAAGAUUUUGAUGGUGUUAUAAUUCCAACUGCCGAUUGCAAAAAUGCCAAUUAAAGUUAUCUUCGAUCAACAAUGAUAUUCUAACCGGAGAUCUGGGGUAAAUUUUAGAUCGGAGUUUGUGUAACCGACAGUUGCUAAUUUACUGAUGAAACUUUUUUUGUAGGCAUAAGCAAUUUUUAACAUGAUCAAUAUUAUCCAUACCCUCUUUAUUAUUGUAUCAGUUUAAAUUAAUAAUAUUUUUAUAUUAAACAUGAAUUUUUCAAGUUAAAGUGCUGGUUAAUAGCAUGAAAAUAGCAAUUCACUGUUGUACAGUUAUGAUUACUUUCUCAUAACAGUAAGUAGAUUAUAUUUGAAAGAACUGUAAUAUCAAUAUUAUUGUAUGAUCCAAAAUAAUUCAAAUAUGAUAAAUCCAAAAAUAUUGAAAAUUGUAUUCAGCCGGAAUAGAAUUCAAUUGAAAUAGCGUUUCAACUCUAUUAUUUAAUAAAAAUAAGCAACUCCUUUCUUAUGUAUAUUAUUAUACUCAAAUGAAUUUCAACUGUUAAUUUUCAAACAAAAUUUAUUCACUUGUUCACAUUUCUCAAGUAUAUUGGACUUUGAAAAUCACAAAGCAAUCUUUAUGAACCUAUGAUCUUUGAAAAAUGAAUAAUUGGGUUUAACAAAUGUAUUCUUUAAUGAAAUAAUUCUCAUCAAUUUUUCACGUUGUAAUGCGAGUUCAUUACUAAUAUUGUUAUAAUUUUAAUUUACUAAGUAUAUUUCCUAUUUGCUAGUUCCAGAGCAAUAACCAGACAUUAUGAUGUAAACUAUAGACCAAACCUAUAUUGUCACAACACCUACUAAGAUCCAUUCUUGUUUAGAAUACGAACUUGAAACCUCAUAAAUCUUUUUUUAUCAGAAUUAUUUGAUGAAGUGCCUCAAGACAUUCACUUUGAAAGAGAUUUCAAGUUCACGAGUGCUGAUGAUCAGUUUGAAUAGAAUAGCUUUUCUCUUUACCGUUUUAAUUUCAGAUAUCCUCAAUGCUGACGUGUAGGGUGAAGUGAAUACCUCUUUCUACAUGAAAGAAUACUCGCUUGAGAAUAAUUGAUUAUAAUCUCUAUUCAUAUUAGAAAUGUAUAGGAUUAUUUAAAUCAUUUCGAAUUAUUUAAAUUUCUUGCAGUUAAGUGAGAAAUUGAUUUAUUCUUUUGAAAGUGCAAUACUCAAUCUUUGAAAAAGUGAAAGUGACUUAGUGUCUUGAUGACCACGUAGAAAUACGUUAUAAAAAAUAUUACAAGCAUUGAAAAACAAACAUUUAUUUCUGUUUUGCUUUAUAAUUUUAAUUGCUUCCAUAAUCUAUUCUCAAUGAAAUCUACAGUUGUUUCAGAAAAAGUCUUUGUAAUGAAGUAGCCUACUUAUUUCUUUACGUUCAAUCAUAGCUAGCAUGUAGAAAUUAAUGCUAUAAUCUUUUCGCAGAGGAACUUUAUGCGAAUAUUUUGAGCUCAUUUUUCUAGUCCACGAACUUGUAUUCUAGAGGUUUUACUGCAUUAAAGCGUACUUUUUAAGCACAAAACUGCAAAAUGAGGGAGAAAUAUUUUUUACAACGUUUGUUAAAUUAGACAACUUUUGUUUUUCUUCAUAAUUAUAGAAAGCAUUUUAAAUUUAAUAGAAAGUAUUUAUGGUUUAGAAUCAUUUUUGUUAGUUUACAUUAAAUUGAUUACUUUGUAUCGAAAAGA